AUGAAGAAGCCAGGAGCAGCUGGAGGAAGUCGUCCCAGGAAGCAGACAUCCAGCCGGGAGGAAAAAAAGAAACGUGCCCUCAGUAGCAGCCAGGCCAGGCCUUCUCCCCCUGAUGGCCAGGCCAGGCGUCAGGAGGAGGGGGCAUUGCAGGCCUCUGUCUCCCCGUACCAUCAAUUCGGAGAUACAGCCGAGGUCACAGCCUUCCGAGAGAGCCUGCUGAGCUGGUAUGACCUAAAGAAGCGGGACCUCCCCUGGAGAAGGCGGGCAGAGGGGGAGGUGGACCUGGACAGGCGGGCGUAUGCGGUGUGGGUCUCAGAGGUCAUGCUGCAGCAGACCCAGGUUGCCACGGUGAUCAACUAUUAUACCAGAUGGAUGCAGAAGUGGCCAACACUGCAGGACCUGGCCAGCGCUUCCCUGGAGGAAGUGAACCAGCUCUGGGCCGGCCUGGGGUACUACUCUCGAGGCCGGCGGCUGCAGGAGGGAGCCCGGAAGGUGGUGGAGGAGCUUGGGGGCCACGUGCCUCGCACAGCACAGACCUUGCAGCGGCUGCUGCCUGGCGUGGGGCGGUACACAGCGGGAGCCAUCGCUUCCAUUGCCUUUGGCCAGGUGACCGGGGUGGUAGAUGGAAAUGUGGUGCGGGUGCUGUGCCGCGUCCGAGGCAUUGGUGCUGAUCCCAGCAACACCUUCGUCUCCCAGCAGCUCUGGAGCCUGGCCCAGCAGCUGGUAGAUCCGGCCCGGCCCGGAGACUUUAACCAAGCAGCCAUGGAGCUGGGGGCCAUGGUGUGCACUCCGCAACAGCCACAGUGCAGCCAGUGCCCUGUGCAGAGCCUGUGCCGGGCACACCGGAGGGUGGAGCGGGAGCAGCUGCCAGCCUCACAGAGCCUGCCAGGCAGUCCGGACGUGGAGGAGUGUGCUCCCAGCACCGGGCAGUGCCAGCUGUGCGCGCCUCCCACAGCGCCCUGGGACCAGAGCCUGGGAGUGGCUAACUUCCCCAGGAAGGCCAGCCGUAAGCCCCCCCGGGAGGAGUGCGCUGCCAUCUGCGUUCUGGAGCAGCCCAGGGCCCCCGGGGGGGCCCGGAUUCUGCUGGUGCAGAGGCCCAGCUCAGGUCUGCUGGCAGGGCUGUGGGAGUUCCCCUCUGUGAGUGUGGAUCCCUCGGGACGGCAUCAGCACAAGGCCCUGCUGCAGGAGCUGCAGAACUGGGCUGGGCCCCUCCCCGCCACCCACCUGCACCACCUGGGGCAGGUGGUCCACACCUUCUCUCACAUCAGGCUGACCUACCAAGUGUAUGGCCUGGCCCUGGAAGGGCGGGCCCCAGUGACAGGCACAGCUCCUGGCGCUCGCUGGCUGACCCGGGAAGAGUUUCACACCGCAGCCGUCUCCACCGCCAUGAAAAAGGUGUUCCGCGUGUAUGAAGGCCAACAGGCGGGGACCUGCAAGCGUCCCAAAAGAUCCCAGGUGUCCACUGCCUCCCGCCGGAAGAAGCCCAGCCCAGGCCAGCAAGUCCUGGACAGAUUCUUUCGGCCCCGUAUCCCCACAGAUGCACCUACACCCAACAGUACGGCCCAGUGA